AUGACUCCAGAUUCAACACCAGCUGUUCCCGCAACGCAUCGGGUGCUCUUAUUGAACUCGACAAGAGACCCAUACGAUAUUACCGUGGUCGAGCAGCCCACACCACAAGCCGGACCAGGCAGUGCUAUCAUCCAGAUUCUAGGAGCCUCCGUCUUAACAUUUGGCGGGAAAGUCUUCAGUGGCCAAAUUCCCUAUCCAUACCCGACUCCCUUCGUACCUGGUUCCUCCGCCAUCGCUCGAGUUGCCGCAGUCGGUCCAGACGCCACGACGCUGGAAGUGGGCCAGCUGGUCUUUUUCGACUGUUUCAUUCACGGCCGCGACAAUCCAAACUCUUUGAUUCUUCACGGUCUAUAUUCCGGGUUCGAUGCUGGCAGUAACAAACUUAUGGAGAAUGAGUGGCGCAAUAGCACAUAUGCUGAGUACUGCAAAGUGCCGUUAGAGAAUUGUUUCCCGUUGGAUGAGCGAAGACUCCUCGGCAAUCCUGCUGAUGGUGGCUUUGGCUAUAGCACGGCCGACUUGAUGUUCCUUCAUACGAUCUCUAUUCCCAUGGGUGGUCUUCGAGACGUGGGUGUCAGGGCUGGCGAAAAAGUCAUUAUUGCGCCAGCGACUGGGGCCUUUGGCAGUGCGGCUGUCGUUGCUGCACUGGCAAUGGGAGCACAAGUUAUCGCCGUUGGACGAAACCUUGAAGCAUUGGAAAAGAUCAAACUACUCAGCCCGGAAGGAAGAGUCAGGACAGUCCAGAACACCGGUGACGUGGCUCAUGAUGUUCAAGAGUUGACCAAAUUUGGACCCGCCAACGUUUUCUUCGAUAUAUCGCCGGGAGAGGCAGCCAAGAGCACCCACUUUACAAGUUGCAUUCAGGCAUUGGGACGUGGAGGUCGAGUCAGUCUUAUGGGGGCUUUCAUGGAGUUGACUCUGCCUCUCAUGAGUAUGCUGCAGAAUGAUAUUUCUGUCAAGGCCAAAUGGAUGUACACGAAGGAGGAUAUGAGAUACAUCAUCCAGCUAGCUGAGGCUGGGUAUCUGAAACUUGGUCAGGCUGGAGGUAUCCAGACGGCUACUUUGUUUCCACUGGAGCAGUUUGAGGCUGCUUUUGAUGCGGCUGCAAAGACCGGUCCGUGUAUGCAAACCAUUUUCGUUCCUUGA